AUGUUGCUAUUGAACUUAGGUCGACCGGUUAAAGUGGCGCCACUAAACGAACCAAUGGCUCUUGAAUUGGGCGCUGAAUUAUUGGGUGAAUUAAUUGUAUUCUCAGUUGCAGCUGCAAGUUUGAUUUUUGAAACGAAAAGGCAAGCUAAGAAAAGAGAUCUUGAAAUAAAAAGUGUGAAUGUCCAUAGUAUAAAUCUGACUGAAGCAAUAAAGGUAUUAGAAUAUCGACAGCAGAGGCAAAAGAUGUUUAUUCAGGAGAUCGCCCAAGCUUUGUCCGAACUAAAUAGUCCCAUCAAGAUAAACGAGAAUCAAGAGAACGAACUGGAAAAAAGGAAAACUGUGCAAGAAAAUAACGACAAACUAUUUGAAUAUAUGCAAUGA